CAUUGUGUCGAACACAGAACUCGAGUAGCUAAGUAACCUACAGUGUUCACGCAGUUUUCGAGUGCGAAAUAAACCAAAAUGUCGGCACAAAAAUUCAUAUUCGGUCUGGCCUUCACGAUCGCUGUUCUAUUGGCUGUCAACACCGUACCCGCUAAUGGUGCCAUCGAUCAGCAAGCUACCAACAAGUCGAACCAUCUGAUUGUCGGCAACAGGGUGCCCGGUGAUAGACUCGUACUUCGCCAGAAUGUUUUCAAGAACUCUUCCUGGAUGAAGGUUGUAAUUGUCGAACAGACCUUCAAUAUCCCGCUAUAUCAACGCAUCACUUUGCUCCAAUCGUUGGACCAGAAGACAAAUGGCAACGGCGCUACUGCAGCUCUUCUGAAAGGUGGACCUGGUUUUAACAAUGUUACCCUUAGAUUCAAGAGUCAGAGAGGUCAUAGCAUUAAUCACGUCGUUGAGCUUUACGCAUAUUAACCUUGAUGGAAGCAGCUUAUACGAUUGGUAUGAUGACUCUCGAACACAAUCACGUACAUAUGGGAUGGAAAAGUACAAUAAUUAUGAAGGCAACUAUGUCAACCUCAUAUAUUCUGUAAAUUAUUUAUUCUUAUAACACUGUUACCAUUGCUGCUGCAAAGUAAAAUGUCUCUUUAUAUAUAA